UAAUAUAAGUUUAUUCUUUGCACAUGAGUUAGGUUUCUCGUCAAAAUUGCUUUAGUCACUCAUCUUGAUACAAGGCAGGAGGAACAAGAGGAAAUUAAAGAGAAAAAAUUGAUUUUUUUUUUAAGAAGAAGGAGGGAUUAUUACUUCACGAGCCAAUACUAAUAAUCGAAAGGCGGUAAUAACCAUUGUACAUCUCAGGGAAGAAUCUUUUCUUCUCCAACUAUAUAUUGAUCAUCAGUAAUGACAAAAACAAGUUGAUGAUGAAUCCAAGUGGAAACAAAUCUCAGGCUAAUAAGCAAGAAGCAGAUCAUGAUCAUGACACCAAUAAGAGUAAAAUCUCAAGGACUCCAUCAUCAAGUUCAAGGCAGUCAUGGGCAGGCUUUAAAAAUCCAAGAAUUGUGCGCGUUUCGCGUUCAUUUGGAGGGAAAGAUAGGCAUAGUAAGGUUUGCACUGUAAGGGGAUUAAGAGACAGAAGAAUUAGACUUUCAGUGCCUACUGCAAUUCACUUGUAUAAUCUUCAAGAUAGACUUGGGCUCAGCCAACCUAGCAAAGUUAUAGACUGGUUACUUGAUGCUACUAAACAUGAAAUUGAUAAACUUCCACCUUUGCAAAUGCCACCACCAUCUCUUUCUCACUUCUUCAAUAAUACAAAUACAUAUAUGAGAGAUGGAUCAAAUCAAGAAUUGUUGUCUAUCAAUGAAUCUGGGGCUAAAAUAGGUGACCAUUUAAUGAGAGAAGCAGCAUUUGGAAAAGACAAGUGGAUUGCCUCAAAUGAGCAAGAAAAUCAGGAUGGUACUAAUAUUGGAAGUUAUGUUCCACUACUUUCAUCUCAAAACAUUUCUUCUUUACCUGCAGGCAUGUUAAAUAGCAAUAUGCCCUUCAAUAAUAACUACCAUAACUUGUCUUUAGCUCUAUUUGGAAAUAAUAACCAUACCUUUUCAUCACAAACAGAAGAUAAUCUUCCUAUAUCAGUAGCAUCAUCCAAUUAUAUGUCUUUUCCUUCAGGCUCUCAUCAAUUAUAUUUCUGUCCAACUGCUACAACAUUGUCAUCUCUUGUUCCAGCUCCAUUUAUGAGUACCACUAAUUCACAGCUCAACCACUUCCAUUUUUUAAACUCAAGUACUACUAAUUCACAACAUGUCCUUCCAAAUCCGCUCGCGCCAACUCUUCAGUUAAUCAGUCCCCCUGUGAAAACUUCCAAGACGAAUGACCAUCCUAAUGGGAUUAACUCACAAGAUAAUGGUGAUCUUGACAACCAGUAAUUACCACAUAAAGAAGGCAGUGGUUCUUAAUUAGCAUAUGGAUUAGAAGAAAUUGCCACAUGGAAGUUGCUCUAUCUUGGGACUUAAGGUAGAAAGCUUCAACUAUAUAUAUGCCUUGAAAAGCCUCAUUCUACACCUUGUCCCGGAUACAGCAAAUAUAAAUUUGCUACAUUCUUGCUUCUUUACAGAUAUACAGCAUUUAGCAAGGUACAUUCUGUCUCUUUUAUGUUUAUAAAUUUUUUUAUCUCUUUAACUACGGAAAAUAAUAUGGAUAUUGGACUAAUUGUUCUACUACCACUAUACGUGGUAAUUCUUUAUUUUUUUUUUUACUUUUUAUUUAACGACCUAAUGUGUAAACCAACCAAGUUACCGUUGCAC